ACUCUCCCAGUUUCUCUGUUGCACAGGAGGAGGAUGUUCUCCAGAGCAGGCCUUCCCUGCAGCACCGUCAGAGGGACAGCAGAGCCCGAUGGCACCCAUGGACCGACCCACGGAGAUUGUGCUCCUGGAGAAGCUGCCCCAGCAUCACCCAGCUCCUCAACUGGCUUGAGCUGCCUGACAGCUUCCUGCUGGUGAUGGAGCAUCUGGAGCCAGCACAGGAUCACUUUGACUUCCUUGUGGAGUGGGAGUUCCUGUGCAAGGACAUGGCAUGCUGGCUGUUCUGCCAGGUGCUGGAGGCCGUGCGGCACUGCACCCACUGCGGUGUCCUGCACCGCGACAUCAAGCCAGAGAACAUCAUCCUCCACCUGGACACCAGCAACCUCAAGCUCAUCGACUUCGGUUUUGCCACCUUCCUCUGGGAUGAGCCCUACACAUGCUUUGCAGAGUGCCAGCACCUGAUCUGAUGGUGUUUAUCCAAGCGCCCCUGGGACAGGCCAUCGCUGGAAGAGAUUUGCCGCCACCCUUGGCUGUGGGGCAGGCAUUUCCACAGCACCCUAUUACAGCCCCCAAAAAAUAAAACAACCCAAGACCCUUUCCCAUGUGUCAAACUGAGUCAUAUUUAGCAGCUUCAGCUGAAAAAACAUGUUUUUCAAAAGGGGAAUCAGAGUCUUUCUUUCAUAAUUUUCAAGAAUGGGCAGGCAAGGCUGGGCUCUGAGCACAUGCUCGUGGCAUUGUAAGUCAUCAAUAUUGACUCCAAGAGAAACCGGAGUAGGACUUAUGGUAUGGAGGGAGUCUUGAUAACUUUGCACCUUGUAGCCUACAGUUUUUUAACUGUGUGGAAGAAGUUGCAUUUCCACCCAAGUCCUUUCUGGAAACUUUCCUAUUCGAACACAGCAUCACGGAAUCCCAGUAGCACCUGCUGACCAGGAAGGCAGAGUUCUCCUUGUAGUUGUGUACUCUAAUAUGGUCUAUUUUUUC